AUGCAUUCUGACAACGUCUUUGUAGGCCCUGGAUGUUCUCGGUAUAUACAAAUUGAAAGUCGUUUGGCUUAUGUAUAUAUUUCCUUAAAACGUAUAUACCGAAGCUGAGUACCUGAGAAUGGUUAACUUGAAUCUUAGCUGGGCAUGGGGAACCGAUUUGCGGCCCGAUGGAGGUACCUGGAUGUGCAUCUAUGCAUCCAUUGGUGUGGUCGGUAUCUUUGCAAAUUUGAUGGUGCUGGUUGUGUUCUUUCGGAAUUUGCCUGGCCACCGAAAUGUGACCGCUAAAUUAAUUAUUCAUCAAUCAAUAAUCGAUCUGAUGUCUAGUGUUGUAUUUCUACCGUUUUAUGUAAUUCCGGAGGGAUGGCUGAUACAAAACGAGCAGGCAGGCGACGUUUUUUGUAAAGCUCGUUCUCUUUUCUGGAUUCUUGCCACUUCAUCUACCACCAACCUCGUGUGUAUUACAAUUGAACGAUACUAUGCUAUUGUUUAUCCUCUCAAACACCUUGUUCAUUUCAAAAACGGGAAGUUCUACCAAGCAAGCAAACGUUUGGUGUAUGUAUACGGAUUCUUAGCACAGUUUCAUCUCAUCUUUGUUGCGGAAAUCAAUGAUUUAUAUUAUUGCCACUACAAUUGGCCGGACACAAAUCUUCAAUUGAUUAAUGGAAUUCUGGUAUUCUUUCUUACAUGGUUGCUCCCGACUUCGGUCAUUAUCUAUGUUUAUGCAAGGAUUAUCUUGACGCUGCGAAAAAUGCACGAAAAUUUUCCCGACGGUGUCGGACCAGUACACGGUUUGCGACAGUAUCGUGCUCAAAAGAACCUCAUCAACACUUUAAUUGCUGUGUCCGCAGCAUAUGUCGUUUGUUGGACACCAAAUAUGUUUCUUUACGUUACGUUUAAUGUUACAUCUGGAAAUAAACCAAGUAAUAUUGGUCACGGCAUCGCCCAUCGUAUAACUGUGUUUCUAUCUGUCUCUAAUAUGGCUGUUAAUCCCUUCAUUUACGCCUUUAAGUACCGCGAUUUUAAGAAAGGGUUAUUUAAAAUAUUUAGUUAAUAUCAUAGUAACUUUAGUAGAAAAUUAAGAACAAAAAAUAUCUAGUUAUAAGCCGGUUUUAGAAUAAUUGAUUUUAUAAAAAAUAUUUAUUACAUGAAAUGUCAUUCCUGAUGUUGACAUAAUUAAGUUCGGAAUAUUGAAUCCCGACACGAUGUCGUGCAUUUCGAUACUUGGAGUAUGUGACUAUCUUAUCUGAGAUUAAUCAGUGGACCUCUCGGUUCAUGUCAUUCUCCGUUAUAUAUAUAUUUAAUUAUUAUUAUUUACAAAUUAAAAUUGUAAUCUGGCGCCGAAUAGGUCUAGAUGUCUGCCUAGCACUGGAUGUAAAGUGGUCCGUUUUUUUUUUCA